GUAAAACUGUGACAUUUAUAUCUGAGGUCCCUAGCGAAGGGACAGGACUGAACUGGACAGGAGCAGACUGAACAUCAUACAGCAAAUCAUACAAUGGGAUCAGGUCCUCAAAUUGUCUGGAUGUCAGCAGCUCCUUGGAUCCAUCUGCUCCCUUAUCUGUUCCUGCCGCCUGUGGUGAUGGCACAUCUUGACUGCACAUAUAAUUCCUGGACCCUCUUGUCCUGUUCAUGGGAUGCAGAUGGCAAUUUCACAUCAAGCCCAUGCUACAUAUCCGCAAAUGUUAUUGAUGAAAAAAGAGACAUUAAAGGUUUCUGCUUUCUUACCUCCAGAGAUAACCCAAGAAGAUGCACAAUAAAUCUGACUAGUGAUGAAAAACCUGACAUUCUACUGCUGGGCCCCCCAUUGAUCACAAGAACAGGGGCCUCAUACCACGCAGGGCUCCACAGAAUGAACAGAGCAGUCAAAGAAAUUUUGACUGUUGACCAUAAAUUGAACCUGAGUGUGAUCUGUAGCAAUGGAAUGGAAAGAAAUACAAGGCAUCACAUUUCUAUCUGAAUUCUUUGCAUUUCACAACUUGCUCCUGGAUCCACCUAUGUCUACUGACAUUAAAAUGAUAAGCUAUGGAUUAUGGCAGCUCACGUGGGACUUAAAUCACAGGAGAAAUAUAGGAAAUACAGAGUGCGAAAUCCAAUACAAACCAGUUAAUCAAUUAUGGCAGGAUGCUCAAAAUGUUAGAGUUAAAAAUGUCAAGUUAGUCAUAUUGCACAGCCUACAUCCUGACACUCAGUAUGAAGCCAAAGUGCGGGUAAACCAGACAAACUUCCCAGGAGGCAGAUGGAGUGACUGGGGGAAGCCUGUACAAUGGACAACUCCUCCUGAAGGCCGUCUGGACUGUACACAUAACAGCUUAGACACUGUGUCGUGUUCAUGGGAAGUAGCUAAAAAUUUCUCUUCAACCUCAUGCUAUUUGUUAGCUUAUGUUGUAAAUGAUGCAAGACAUAUAAAAGGAAUCUGCUAUCUUCCCCGCAGUAGUAACCGUAGAAGUUGUGUAAUGAAUAUUACUGUGAAUGGUGAACAUUUUAGUGAUGCCAUGACUGUUGCACAGUUUAUGAACGUGAGUGUGAUUUGCAGUGUCGGAAAGAACAUCAAUAAGACAAUCACAUCUUUAUCUCAUUUCUAUCCAUUUAUAAAUUUGCGUCUUGAUCCACCUACGUCCCUUGACAUCAGGAUGAUGGAGGAUGGUACAUGGAAUCUCUCCUGGGUCAACACUUAUCGAAAUUACAUAGACAAUGUGGAAACUGAAGUCCAUUUCAAACCAGUAAAAUGGUCAUGGAAGGAUGCCAAAAGGUUUACAAUUACACAAUGUGACCUGUCAAGUUUACUGCGUGACCUAUACCCGGACUCUCUGUAUGAAGCUAAGGUGCGCAUAAACCAGACAAAUUUCCCAGGUGGCAGGUGGAGCGACUGGAGCAAGCCUGUACAAUGGACAACACCUCCUAAAGAUAUUCUAGGUUCAACCUUCCCUACACCUGGAGUGGUAGCCAUCCCAGUUGUUUUGUUGAUUGUAGUGGUCGCCCUUUGUUCUUCAAAAAGGGUCAAGAAGGUAAUGUGGAUAGGUGUUCCAGAUCCAGCACAUUUUUUUCACCCCUUAAUAGACACUCACAAAGGAAACUUCAAGAAAUGGCUAUCUACCCCUUAUGUUUUUUCAUCAUUCUUUCUGGAUCCAAGUCCUCUUGAUAUUUCCCCGCUGAAUAUCAAUUGUAAAGUGGAAGAACAAAGUUUGAAAGGCCCCUCCACUGCAGAAGCAGAAAAAGACAAACUCGGACAUUCCAGCUCCAGCUAUACCAAUCAGGAAUAUUUCUCCUCUGUCUGUCUUGGUUAUGACCAUUUUCCAACAACAGCUGUAAAUGAGUCUUUACAUUCCCCAACCGAUGAAGAGAUUCCUCUGUUCCAGGCUGAGUACCUCUGCGCCCCUCAAUCUAUUGCUGGUUUUGGUGUCCACAACGGGUCCUUUGAACGGGAUGCUUCACCUCAAGUCAUUCAAAAUCCUGUCCUUGCAAAGGAAGCCAUUGCUAAGCCCCAAUGUGAUGAUGAGGGGGGUGAAACGUUUACUCAUCAAGAAACAGAGAAUGUGAAAGAAGACAAAGGAAAAGAAAUCUUUGAGGAUCAAAAAGAGUCAAGUGAUACAUUCUCUACUCCCAUGGUAUAUCAGCAAGAUGGCAAACCGUCAAUGGAAGCUAAUGUUGCAGCGGACUACCUUUCCCUAAAAGAGUUAUACCAGAAGCAUUGUCAAUGGGUGUAAUUGGAUUACGCUGUUUUAAACGAAGGCAUAUGAUGUACCACUAUACCACCAUAGACAGGGUUAUGCAUGAGCGGUGCAUUCUGAGAGUAAAGAGAAAAGCUAAUAGCACCUGGAGAGAGAAGAGAAAAUGAAUAGUGAUGGACGAACAUCUGCCGGGACGGUUCGCGAACGCGAUCAAAUGUUCGUGAACUGCAAAAUCGCGGCAGGUCCCAUUCAUUUUAAUGGCAGGCG